AUGAGGCAGGCGCGGGCGCAGGCGCCGCCGCCGCCGCCGCCCGGUGUGCAGCGUAGCGAGGCCGGCAGCAUGGGCGGCGGCGCGCUCGCAUCUGGUGCCGGCGGGGGCGCUGUGUGCGACGAGCCCGACAGCUGGCAUGCGGGGCCCACUGCCGCUGAGCUGUUCCACUUUGUGGCGCAGCACGGCAUGCACAGCGCCCCGCUGGAUGCGGUGGUUCGUGCGUGGCAUGACGACCGGCACGCUGGCGGCGGCAGCCAACAGGCCCGCCUGGCGCAGCGCCAGCGGCGCCACCAUGCGCAGCACCCUGCAGCACAGCCCCGCCGGCAGCAGUGGCAGGAGCAGCAGCACCAGUGGCAGCAGCAGGAGCAGCAGCAACCAAGCCUUCAGCAGCAGCAGCAGCAGCUGGCAUCACAGCAGCAGCAGGCGUACCAGGCAGCCCCUGGCAGCGGCACCGCCCUGCAGCGGCCGCCUGUGCAGCAGCAGCAGCAGCAGGCGGCCCAGCAGGGCUGGCAGGAGAGCGUGCCUUUCCCUGCGCCACCGUCAGCGCAGCCAGCGGCAGGGUGGGAGCAGGUGCCCGCGGCGGCCGCCCCUGCGCCCAAGCUGAGGCAGGCGGUGCUGGUCAGCGCCGGCAAGUUUGUCGCUCCUGAGCCGGAGCUGCCUGAGGCAUCAGCCUGGCAGAAGACUCCCGGCGCUCUUCAGCCCUCCAACCAAGCAGGCAAGCAGCCCCAGAAGAAAAGCAAGGCGGUGCAGGCCAAGGCAGGCAGCCUGCCUCGUGCGGCGCCAGCGGCAGCCGCAGCAGGGGCGGCAGGCAGCGACGGCUCCGAUUUCGAGGACGGAGCGGCGCAGAGGGAGGCGUGGCUGGCAGCCAAGCGGCUCCGCAAGGCGCCCGCCGCUGCCCUACCAUCAGGGGGGUCGGCGGCGGCCAGCGGCGGCGGUGCUUCAGCUGCUGGCAAGGCGCUGCUGGCAAGGGAGUUUCUGGAGAUUGGGCCCUGGUCGUGCGUGGUGGACUGCACAUCCCCACUGGGCUUCUCCCGCUUUGCGAGCGACAUGCAGAAGGCGCCCUCCUGCAGCAUCGGGCUGUUGCUUGUCGACGGCAGCGGCAGCCAGUUCCACAGCACCCUCGAGCCUCUGACAAAGGAGCAGCGGCGCAGCAUCAAGGCGGCUGCCUCGGCUCCGGCAGCGGGCAGCAGCGGCAAGAAGCCGCGCGGCAGCGGCAAGGGCAAGGCAGGGGCGCCAGCCGCCGUUGCUGCAGGCGCCGAGGCCAGCGCGGCGGCGCAGGCCGCUGGGCCCGCUGCCACCGAUGGCGGGGCCGCGGGCGGCAGCCGCCUCGUCGGCCUCUGCCUGCUGCCGAUCGCUGUGGACGAGCUGAGCGGCGGCGGCGCCCCUGGGCCCACCAUGUAUUUCAUGCCCCUGGCUGCCGGCACCUUUGGCGGGCACGAGGUGGCAGAGGAGGCAGCCACACAGGGCCGCGACCUGGCGGCGCAGCUGGUGGCCAAUCCGGAGGGAGGCGCCAUCCUCGCUUUCAACAUGCAGGGCCUGCUGCGCCUGCUGGGCGAGGCGCGGGUGGCGCUGCCUGCGCCGCACCGCCUGGCGCUUGUGGACCCCCGCCUGCUGGCCUGGCUGCUGGAGCCGCAGCUGCUGCAGGGCAGCGACAAGGAGCUAAGCGACUACUCGCUGCAUGAGCUGGCGGGCCGCCACCUGGGCGGCAUGCCAGCUGGCGCCAGCACACCGGGUGCCGCCGCCGGCAGCGGCGGCGGCGAUGGCAGCCCGGAUGCUGCGGGUCCCGGCGCGGGAGCCUGGGGGGCUGCGGUGGGGCCCCCUGGUGGUGCUGCCGGGAAUGUCAGUGGCGCCGCCGCAGCCAGCGGCGGUGCGGUUUCGCCGCUGCAGCGGAUGCGGCGGGUGCUGGAGGUGGCGGUGUCGUUAGGCGAGCGCCUGCAUGUGCAGCUGAGCGAGGCGCAGCUCCCUCCCGAGACGAUGCAGCAGGAGAUGCAGGCGAGGCAGGCUUCCCUAGCAGCAACUCGGGCGGUGGCGGCGCUGCUGGCGCAGAUGGAGGGCGCGGGGCUGGGCUUUGAUCCGUGGCUGCUGCGGGAGGCGGGCCGCGUGGCGCGCAGCCACAUGUCUCGCAUAGAGGAGGAGUGUGCUGAGCUGGCGGGGCGCCCCUUCAACCCAGCCUCCCCGCAGCAGCUGGCCGAGGUGCUGUACAGCGUGCUCAAGCUGCCGCCGCCCACCGGCCGGGGCCGCUCCUCGGCCAAGACCCACCUUCGCACCGACGAGCAGGCGCUGGAGGCGCUGAGGCCGCUGUCGCCGCUGCCCGGCCUGGUUCUUGAGUACCGGGCGCUGCAGAACUUCUCCUCAAAGUGGGUGGAGGCCGAUUGGUGCCGCGCAGCCGCUGCCGGCUUCGAGUCUGCUGACGCGUACGCGGCGGCACGCCCCGGCGGCGGCGGCUGGCCCCGCGUGCACUGCUGCUGGCACCAGACCAGCACCGCCACGGGGCGGCUCAGCAGCAGCGCGCCCAACCUGCAGGCGCGCAGCCGGAUGGCGGCGGCGGGUGGUGCGGUGCUCGUGGUGCACCUGCACGAUGAGCUGCUUGUGGAGGUGGAUGCCCGGCAGGUGGAUGGGGCCUGGGUGGCGCAGGAGCUGCGGCGCGUGAUGGAGGGGGUGGUGCAGCUGCGGGUGCCGCUGGCGGUGAAGGUCAAGGCUGGGGAGCAGUGGGGCAGCAUGGCGGCGGUGGAAUGA